UUCAUUGAUUAUGCUUUUGCUUUUAUUCCAUACGAUGCAUAAUUUCUUUUGUAAAUGCUAAAAGCAAACAAAAUAAUCACAAUUCUAGCUUAAAAGAGAUCAUCAUGGAAUUGCAAAAUGUUUCAAGUGAGGAUUCCUUACGGGCUUGUAGAGCUUGCCUAGUUACCGAUUGUAAACUGUUCAGCAUUCACGAUUACCACCUAGGUGGUGCCUUUGCCCGCAUUUCUGGAGUUCCUGUGCACAAGGAUGGUCUUCCGCAGCAUCUGUGCGUCUUCUGCAGCGCGCAGGUUGCCCGCUUUGAAGCUUUCCGGGAGAAAGUCCUUCGGGCGCACUUCUGUAUGAGGGCUAAACUGUGCGAGAGAGAGUUGGAUACCAACACAAUACGCUCCAUCGACCGCUCUCACUUCAAACUGUACAACAAUCUAUUCAUCACCGCUCUUCAGAACGUCGAUAUAAACUCUGAGACCACAGAACAGAUAAAAAAUGAACCCAUUGCUGACGACACAGACGACAAAUACAACAUCCCAGAGGACGUUGAUAAGACUGACUUGAAAGAAGAAAAUGACGAUACUGGAAUUGACGACGAACUGGACAACUUAUUCAUUGUAACAGAUUAUAAGAACACAAAAAAGAAAAGACGAUCUAAGAAAAAAAUGAAAGUCGAAUUCGAUGAUGACGACGACGUGAAAUUAGUGAAUUUCGCGAAAAAAACACCAAAGAAAAGGGAAAAGAAUGUGAAAAAGAGAGAGGUGAAAAGGAAGGAGGAAAGUGUUAUAGCGAAGGUGAAGAAGGAGAGAAAGCCAAAGGUUGAGAGCAAGAGGAAGUUUCGGAAUCCCGAGAAUGGUUACAUGCCUGUGUUUGAUUUUGCCUCGUUCGAGAAUGCGUUUGAAGUGCGCGUUGUUACUUUGAGCAAGGAAGACCAACUGGAGGAGAUCGCAACGCGCAAAGAGUCCGCCAACUACCUGGAGUCCCCGUUCCAAUGCCACGACUGCGGGAAAGGCUUCCUCGCCGAGGAGCCCUACAACAACCACCAGCUGCGACACCACCCGAGCGCGGGCCCAUACGCCUGCGAAAUAUGCAAGGUGCGCUUCAACAUGCAGUGCCGGCGGCAGGAGCAUCAAGACAUGCAUCGGCUCAAGUUCUUCUGCAAAAACUGCAGCUUUGUGUCUAGGAACAGACAUCAAGCUAGACGGCACUAUGACAUGCACGCUGGAAAAACCUUCGAGUGCAAACACUGCGGGAAGCUGUUCAACAAGAGUUCUACGUAUUUGUCUCACGUGCGUCUGGCGCACCCAGAUAUGCAUGUGUCGUGCGACCUGUGUGGCGAGGCCUUUGUCGGGCAGGCGGGGCUCAAGCAGCACAAGGCCAAGAUGCACACCAUGGCUGAGAUCAUAAAACCUCAAAGAUUCGAGUGCGGCGUCUGUUCAGCGAGCUUCGUGAGCGCGGAGGCGCUGAGCCGGCACGCGGCGGCCGGCGACCACGGAGCGCGCGCGUGCGAGCAGUGCGGGGAGAACUGCGCGAGCGAGACACAGCUACAGGAACACGUUGAGAAGGCACAUCCGAAGGAGACGUAUCGGUGUGAGGAGUGCAACAUGACCUUCAAGCGGUUGUCCGCGUUGGAGCUUCACCACCGGCGCAAGCACCUCGGGCAGCGCUUCAGCGCCGCCGGCCGCCACGCGCCGCGCCGCACGCCCGGGCACUACGUGUGCGAGCAGUGCGGGCGCGUGCUCACGUCUCGCCAAGGUCUCCGCUACCAUCUGCGCGACCACAAAGGCCUCAACCUGAAACUAUUCACCUGCCCAGAAUGCAACAAGACCUUCGCCGCGAAACACAUGCGAGAUUGGCACAUGCGGUCUCACACGGGGGAGAAACCCUACCAAUGCCCGGAAUGUCCGCUCGCCUUCAGCCUGAACAGCAAUUUCAAGCGACACCACAAAGCGGUCCACCUCGGGCAGCGCAAAAGCAUCCCUUGCAACAUCUGCGGGCGCGUGUUCACGACGACAUCUUGCGUACGCGUCCACGUGAACGCGGUGCACCGUGGCAUGCCGUGGCCGAAGCGGAACCGGACCAGGGGGAAGGCUGAACCCAAGUCGCCGCUGGACAAUAAAUAAUAUAUUAUAACUUAUUAAA